ACGGGCGUGGCUUCCGAGGAGAGGGCAGGAACGGAAGCGAGGGCGCGCUCUCGAGAGGAGGGGUUGCCUAGGCGACGCCGGGGGCGCGCUCGAGAGGUGGGAAAGCGAGCCCGGCUGCUCAAUGACAAAUCGGUGGAGGACGGCUGGGGUCCGGCCCCGGGAGGGGGCGGGGCGCGUUUAAGAGCUGCGGGCCGGGUGCGGACGGCGGAGGCGGCGGGACUGGUCCCUGCAGCUCUUCAGUGGGUCAUCUGUGUGUCACAGCCUCAGAAGACCAGCGAGAUGGCUGCCAACAAGAGUAAGGGCCAGAGCUCCUUGGCCCUCCACAAGGUGAUCAUGGUUGGCAGCGGAGGCGUUGGCAAGUCAGCCCUGACGCUUCAGUUCAUGUAUGACGAGUUUGUAGAAGACUAUGAACCUACCAAAGCUGACAGUUAUAGAAAGAAAGUGGUUCUUGAUGGGGAAGAAGUUCAGAUAGAUAUUCUGGACACCGCUGGGCAAGAGGACUACGCAGCCAUUCGAGAUAACUACUUUCGGAGUGGAGAAGGGUUUCUUCUUGUGUUCUCAAUCACAGAACAUGAAUCCUUUACAGCAACUGCCGAAUUCAGGGAACAGAUUCUCCGUGUGAAGGCUGAAGAAGAUAAAAUUCCAUUGCUUGUCGUGGGAAACAAGUCUGACCUAGAGGAGCGGAGGCAGGUGCCUGUGGAGGAGGCCAGGAGUAAAGCCGAAGAGUGGGGCGUGCAGUACGUGGAGACGUCAGCGAAGACCCGGGCCAACGUGGACAAGGUGUUCUUUGACCUAAUGAGAGAAAUCAGAACAAAGAAGAUGUCAGAAAACAAAGACAAGAAUGGCAAGAAAAGCAGCAAGAACAAGAAAAGUUUUAAAGAAAGAUGUUGCUUACUAUGAGUGUCAAGGUGACGGAUGAAGCCAGCUGCUCCUAAGGACACAGGGUUGAGUUGGUAAAGAGAAGGCUAUGGUUGACUUCUUGCUUGUGCUUCCCACUCUCCCCAACUUCAUUCACUCAAACUUCUUUAAAUGGGGAAAAAUAUUUGUGACUCAGUGGCUGGCAGAAGAAAUAAGCCCAUGCAAGUGGAAGGGCUGCUUCGUCAGGAGGUUGUGGAGUUUCUUUCUUCUCGCCUUCUUCCCUCCCAAAAGCUUAGCUAUGUAUAAAGUGCAACAGAUAGGAAACAGCUGUUAAUUACAAAGAGAAAGAAUUGUCAUAGCAUCUUAUUUUGUUCCUAGUUUUAUAACAUUACCAUCCUUCGUUUUGAACUACAGAUGUUGUAGUGGGUUUUGGAGGAGGGAGUGGAGUAAGAUGCCCUCCCACUUUUAUCAGUUUAGUAGUAGUACUGAGAAAAAUCCCUUCAGCUCUAAGAGCACUGAAAAAUCCACCGAUUUUUUGGGUAAGUUUCUUGGCAAUACCCUGUGGAUCUGAAACAGCUAAAAAAAUGAAUUUGAAUUGCGCCAGAUAGGUCAAUACCAAGCUUCUGAUUCCUCCUCACAUAUGAAAAGUGAAAGUUGUGAGUUGUUUUCCUCUUAUUUAAAUAUUGGCCUAUUAUACUGUGUUGGUUAUUUUUCUCCUGUAAGCAUCCUGAUUUUUAUGUAGGAACUUUUCUUUGGCAGACUAAGUGAAGACUCAGGAAUGGUGUGCAUUAUAAAUGACACACGUUGCCACUCGUGUAGAUAUUUUUAAGUUCUUUGGCUAAGUCCUCUCCUAACUGCCUGUCCUCUGGUUAGGCCCCUCCCUCUCCACUAGUGGUGAAUGCAUGUGUCUGUCUGAUCAGCAUCACUGCACACGGAGGUCUAGUGAGCCUCUUGCUAAGUGUCACACACACUCUUCCCAAAGACGUGAUGAGUUAAAGUUGUAUUCUGAAAUCAUGAAGCCAGAGCCUGUGCCAGACCUUGUGCUACCUCUCAUAGAAUUGCUCUGUAAUUCUAAAUUUAAAAUUAGAAGUAGAGAGAGAUAAGCCAUCGCCCCUUUGCCUCUGAGAAUUGGCUGCUGUUUCUAAUAUAAUUAUUUUCUAAGAUAGCCAGAUAGUUAGAAAAAGAUUUUCAUUGAUGACGUAUUUUUAAACUUUCUUGCAUCAGUAUUCUAAAUUGAGCAAACUGAAAGAUUUUCACCAGGAAAGGAGCACUGUGGUAAAAGCCCAGUAUUCACAUUUUUCCCCAUUUUUCAGAAGCGACAUUUCAUAUAUAGGUGCCAAAAGUGAAUCGGGGUGCGGAGAGUGGGAACCUUUUGAAUUUAUGAUUGUCACAGAGAUGGUAGAAAUUAUGAUCUGACUGGAAAACAAUCCUGUAUCCCCUCCCAAAGAAUCAUGGGCUUUUUUUUUGAAUAAAAAAGCAGACAAAUAGA